UUGAAACAAUUUGACAAUUGAAUUGUUUAAGCUUAACACGUGCAUAAUUUAUUCUGAAAUCCAAGUGAGAACGCCAUUGGUCUCAACAAUUUAGCUCCAAUUCCAUCAAUGAAAUGAUCUUCUUUUCCGAUUGAUUUCUCAGUGUGUAGGAAAUCAUGUGCGGAAUUUUCGCCUACUUGAAUUUCAACCUCAGCAGAGACCGCCGCUACAUCUUGGAGGUUUUGUUCAAUGGCCUCCGCCGCCUCGAGUACAGGGGAUAUGAUUCCGCCGGAAUUUCCAUCGAUUCCUCCUCCGAUGCUCUCGUCUCUCCCGCGCUCGUAUUUCGGAAGGAAGGCAACAUUGAAUCCCUCGUCAAAUCUGUUUACCACGAAGUAGCUGCUACCGAUUUGAAUUUAGAGGAGUCAUUCUCAGUUCAUGCUGGAAUAGCACACACUCGCUGGGCUACACAUGGAGAACCAGCUCCAAGGAAUAGCCACCCUCAGACAUCUGAUUCAAGAAAUGAGUUCUUAGUUGUUCACAAUGGAGUUAUAACGAACUAUGAGGUGUUAAAAGAGACACUAGUUCGUCAUGGUUUCACCUUUGAAUCUGACACUGAUACAGAAGUCAUUCCGAAGCUUGCAAAAUUUGUCUUUGACAACGCAAAUGAGGAAGUGAUCACAUCAUCUUCAUGGGGAAUACUGAGUGACACAAGAUACAUCCCUUGUUUCAGAGUCUUAGGUGACAAGCGUGUCACAUUCAGUCAAGUUGUGCUAGAAGUUAUGCGGCAUCUGGAAGGAGCAUAUGCAUUGAUAUUCAAAAGCACGCAUUAUCCGAAUGAAUUGAUUGCUUGCAAACGUGGUAGUCCGUUGCUCCUUGGUGUAAAAGAGUUAAUAGAAGAACCCAGCAGAGCAUCUUUUAAUGACACAAAAUUUCUUUUAAGCAAUGGGCAACCAAAGGAACUCUUUUUGUCGAGUGAUGCCAGUGCUCUGGUGGAACACACAAAAAAGGUUUUGGUGAUUGAGGAUGGUGAAGUUGUUCAUAUCCAGGAUGGAGGAGCAUCCAUUUUCAAGUAUGAGAAUGCUAUAGAAAAAGGUUGUGAAAAACUAAAGCGGCCAGCUUCUGUCCAACGUGCACUCUCAGUUUUGGAAAUGGAAGUAGAGCAAAUAAAUAAAGGGAAAUACGAGCACUACAUGCAGAAGGAAAUUCAUGAACAACCAGAAUCUCUUACAACAACAAUGAGAGGGAGGCUUAUACGUGGAGGAUCAUGCAAAGCAAAGAGUGUACUCUUAGGAGGACUAAAGGAUCACCUCAGAACCAUAAGGAGAAGUCGCAGAAUUGUCUUCAUUGGUUGUGGCACAAGUUAUAAUGCAGCUUUAGCUGCAAGGCCAAUUUUGGAAGAACUUUCUGGUAUCCCUGUAACGAUGGAGAUUGCUAGUGAUUUGGUGGAUAGGCAGGGGCCAAUAUACAGAGAAGAUACAACUGUCUUUGUUAGUCAAUCAGGGGAAACAGCAGAUACAUUGCAGGCAUUAGAAUAUGCGUUAGAGAAUGGUGCCUUAUGCGUUGGCAUCACCAAUACUGUUGGCAGUGCAAUUGCUAGGCAUACACACUGCGGAGUUCACAUAAAUGCUGGUUGUGAGAUAGGAGUAGCUAGUACCAAGGCAUACACAAGCCAAAUCGUUGUCAUGGCUAUGUUGGCUCUGGCAAUUGGAGAUGAUACAAUUUCUAGUCAAGGAAGACGGGAAGCAAUAAUAGAUGGCCUAUUUGAUUUGCCGAAUAAGGUGAAAGAGGUUCUCAAACUCGAUGAGGAUAUGAAAGAUCUUGCUAAAUUACUGAUUGCAGAACAGUCUCUUCUUGUCUUCGGGAGAGGCUACAAUUACGCAACUGCAUUGGAAGGUGCCUUGAAGGUAAAAGAAGUAUCACUUAUGCAUAGUGAAGGAAUACUUGCUGGAGAGAUGAAACACGGUCCCUUGGCUUUAGUUGAUGAGACCCUUCCAAUAGUUGUUAUUGCUACCCGUGAUGCUUGUUUCAGCAAACAACAAUCCGUUAUUCAGCAACUUCAUGCUCGGAAAGGUAGACUUAUAGUGAUGUGCAGUAAAGGUGAUGCAGCAUCUGUCAGUGUUGGUGGAUCUUGCCGUGUAGUUGAAGUUCCUGUUGUUGAGGACUGCUUGCAGCCGGUGAUCAACAUAGUUCCUCUACAGCUAUUGGCAUAUCAUCUGACUGUUCUCCGCGGAUACAACGUUGACCAGCCACGAAAUCUUGCAAAAAGCGUGACAACACAAUGAGGACGGCUGCCUGGCCCACAUGAUACCUGAAAUAUUCUAACCACGAGAUGCUGUGUUGCUUCAGUUUUUUAGUGAGAAAAUCGGGUAGGAUAACUGCUGCUUGUGUUUAGCUUGUCCAUACAUGUGCCUCGACUGAUCGUCCACAGAAUAGGCCAUGUUUGGUAGGGGUGAUAACUCAUCUACGGAUGGAAUUUUAUGAACAAAAAUGUAAAAUUUCAUCCCUAGAUGAGUUAUCACCCCUACCAAACAUGUCACAUUGUCUAAAACAAAUUUUGUUUUACAUGUAUAACUGGUUGUAUAAAACUUGGUGUCAUAAUAGCAAAAGAUGGUUACUUUUCUUGGUUUGAUUUAA